UCUGUAUUCCACUGUAUUCUGUCUGUGGUGAAAUGAAAACCGUUUACCGUAAUAAGUCUGUGAUGAAAACCAUGAAAUGAAAACAAUAAACAACUUGCUUUACUAUUAGAAACCAAAUAAUUUAAUUAAUGUUAUAAAUUCGCUACGAUUUCAUAACUUUUAAGGACUUAGUUAAAACACUUUAUACUGUCACUGAAAAAAUGGCUGGAGACGGAACCGGUGGGAGUGGAUCUCAGGUAGCGCUGGUUACCGGAGGAUACGACCACACAAUAAAGUUAUGGCAAGCACACAGUGGCGUUUGCUUACGGACUAUGCAGCAUCCUGAUUCGCAAGUAAAUGAUUUGGAAAUAAACCCAAACAGCCAAAUGGUUGCAGCGUGUGGGUACCAGCACAUCCGGAUGUAUGACCUGGCCAGUGCUAACCCCGAUCCUGUCAUGAAUUUUGAAGGAGUCAUCAAAAAUGUAUCCAGAGUUGGCUUCCAGGAAAAUGGACAAUGGAUGUACACAGGCGGAGAGGACUGCACAGCAAGGAUAUGGGACUUGAGAGCAGGUCGACCAUUCCAGUGCCAACAGAUAUUCCAAGUUCCAGCUCCAGUGAACGCUGUGGUGCUCCAUCCUGACCAGUCGCAGAUCAUGGUGGGCGGUCAGAGCGGCAUCAUACACAUUUGGGAUUUGAAGACUGAUCACAAUGAACAACUGAUUCCAGAAGCGGAGAGCAGCAUACAAGAUAUCGCAAUCGACCCGGAGGGCAAGAUGAUGGCAGCGGUCAACAACAAAGGCAACUGCUACGUGUGGUCGCUGGGCGGCUCCCCCCCGCGCCCCGUGCCGCGCAAGCACCUGCGCGCGCACGACAAGUACGCGCUGCGCUGCAAGUUCAGCCCCGACUCCACCAUGCUGGUGACGACGUCCGGCGACUGCUCAGCGCGCGUGUGGCGCACCAGCGACUGGACGCUGAUGCGCGAGCUGCGCCACGAGACCCAGCGCUGGGUGUGGGACGCCGCCUUCACGCUGGACUCGCGGUAUCUCUUCACAGGUUCGUCAGACAGCUACGCUCGGCUGUGGGACCUGGAGAAGGGGACACUGGAGCGAGAGUACUGCGGCCACCAGAAACCAAUCACCGCGCUGGCUUUUAGGGACCAGGCUGUUUGAAAUAAUUGUUAAUACGACUCAAAUGCAUUAGAGCAAUGGUGUAGCUACCCAGGGACUCUCGAAUCCUUACCAGAAACACGCGAUCAAACGAACUUUAUACUACAAUAAAUACGGGGAUAAUAUAUAGCCUUCCUCGAUAAAUGGGCUAUCUAACACUGAAAUAUUUUUUUAAAUGAGAAAGUUCCGAGAUUAGCGCGUUCAACCAACCAACCAAAAUUCUUCAGCUUUAUAAUAUUAGUAUAGAUAUAUUUACUGAAUAGUACAGUAAUAGUUGGGCCUUAUUUUUUAUUUGCUCCAGGGCUCUUGGUUACCUAGCUACGCCACUGCAUUAGAGGUUAUGAUAUCAACAUGUUGAAGAUGAAUUUUUAGUGAAAACUACUGAAAACAACAAUAUUUUGUCGGAACUGGGUGCUUGAUGCCUCUCGGGUUUGUCAGAUGUUGGUGAAAAAUGCAUUAAGCUUUGUAAAUUAUGGUAUAGACCUUAUACUACAUUGUUAUAAAUAGAUAUAUUAUGAUGUCCUCCGUGGCGCAGUGUCAUACUCUGUGGAUUUCCAAGACUGAGGUCCUGGGUUCGAAUCCCAGCUGGACCGAUUGAGGUUUUCUUAAUUGGUCCAGGUCUGGCUGGUAGGAGGCUUCGGCCGUGACUUAGCCUGCUUUCAUCCGCUUCCAAGUGAUGAUCCAAUCCGGAUUACAUCAUCAUCUUAUCAUCAGGUGAGAACGUAGUCUAGGCCUAUCUUGUAAAGAAUGAAAAAAAAGAUGAAUGGUACAGUGAAACUCUUGUAAAGUUAUGGGGGAUUUGUAGUUACAAUUAUUUGCGAGGUUUCAAUAUUAUUGAACACCAUGGCGGAGGAAAAACCAUGUGUUCCUACCUUUCACCGCGACGGAUUUGAUUAAAAUCAAUAAAAAAAUCAUCCUGUUUUAAUUGUCAUUAAGGACAGUGGGAAUUAAUAAUUCCAAUUAAUUAAAAUAUAAGAAUAAUAUUGUGCCCUUUAAAAGCCUCUAUACAGGGUGCUCGGGAGUAAUUCCCAUAAGUCUAUGGUUAUAUUGUAUAUGCUUUAAGGAAAAUUAAUUAAAAAUGUCUCAAACAUUUGUUCUAAAACGAAUAUUUUCGGAGUAAAAAAUAUUUCUUUUGUAAAUAGAUCUGAAAUUGUGUCCCUUAUAAUUAUGACGUAGCCACGUUUGACGUAUUUAAAAUACAAGGAAAAAAGGCGUGUGUUAUAUGGAUAGUCGGAAUUAUUUGAAUUGCUUUGUAUGAAAACAUAAACGUUUUUAUUUUUUAGUGUUAAAAAGAUUAGUUAUGCAGUUUCGAUUUCUAUGAGUGGUCUCGUCAGCACCUUGAAGUUAGGGGAAAUACUCCCGAGCAUCCUGUAUAAUAAAAUACUGUUUUUUGUAAUAUUUAUAACAUCACUACUGCCAUAUUCAUAAGAUAUAGAUUAGGCUGUAGUUAUAGGUGUAUGUAAAUACCUCUUAGUUUGAAAUUGGUGCAUUUACUAUUACUUUGUAAAUAUGUAAACUUUAACUUGUAAAUAUUGUUUUUGACAAAAUACAUACAAGGUUAUGUAAUUGU